AUAGGCACCUCUCGCUGAGCCCAACUCAUCGUUUCAAUCCUUCUCCCCUUUCAGUUAGUAUCAAUCUUCUUGUACUGCACAAACAAUGGAAUACAAAUCACUAAAAAUCACACAAAAAUCCCCAAAUUCUCGGGUCUAUUACUUGUAUCUAAACCGACCCGGCCAGCUCAACGCUCUGUCACGUGACUUCUUCACUGAAUUCCCCAAAGCCAUCUCCUCACUCGAUCACAACCCCGAUGUCGCCGUCAUCAUCCUCACCGGCUCCGGCAAGCACUUCUGUUCCGGCAUCGACCUUCAAACGCUCUCUGACGGUUUCAAAGAAACCCACGCCGCUGAUCACGGCCGCAACGUCGUGAAGCUCCGGCGACAUAUCAAGUUCCUGCAAGAGGCUGUUACUGCCUUAGAGAGUUGCCGUAAGCCGGUAAUUGCUGCCGUCCACUGCGCAUGUAUCGGUGGUGCUAUUGACAUAAUUACGGCGUGUGAUAUUAGGUAUUGUUGUUCUGAUACAUUUUUCUCGGUGAAAGAGGUGGAUUUAGCAAUUACGGCUGAUCUCGGGACACUUCAGAGGCUUCCGAGGAUUGUUGGGUUUGGGAAUGCAAUGGAGUUGGCUUUAACUGGUCGCAGGUUUACGGCUUCCGAAGCUAAAGAUUUGGGCUUGGUCUCUAAGGUUUUUACUUCUAAAGAAGCUUUGAUGGAAGGUGUCAACGUUGUUGCUGAGGACCAAUAAGGAAAGUGUGUCACAAAAAUUGGAGCAGAGGGAGUAACUAAUGAGUAUGAGCUUUCGGUCGCACUGACACUAGAAACCAUCUAUAACUUCAUUACACCUCAGGAUUUUCAAGACUAUGGUUGGAAUCACACAGCCCAUCUUAUCGCCUUCAUGCAGAAAUGGUUCUGAGUCUCACUUGGCAGUUGUCCAUUCACAAUCCCCCCUCGAUGGCCUCUUCAUUUAUAGGCCUUUCUGGGUCCUCCAUUCUUAAGAGGACCCUAAUGGAUUUGGUGCGAAGCAAUAAGGCAAAAUGGCAUUACUGAUAUGAAGUUAUUUGCUCUUUAUCUUUGCGUUAAGAUGGGAAUAAUUGCUUCCUCCAUCAUGAUAAACUUAGCCACUUGACCACGAUUGGAUAAUUCUUCACUCCUCAAGACUUUAAAAAUAUUGCAAUAGCAAGAAUCCAGCACUAGCUAUUAGUUCUCAUUCAAUGGUUUUUUUUAUUGUUCUCGUUCAAUGUUUCCUCUACGAUAUUAGCUUUAUUGGCAUGCUCUUACGAGCUGGGGGCCUGGAACUUUGUAGCGAAUGUUAAUAUCAACCAUUUGACGUCCAUCCGAUGCAUCUGUUAUGGUUAUAGCGGAUGUUGGAAUCAUUGAUUGAAGCAUUUUUGACCGUUUAUAUUAGCUUUAUUUAUAGGAUAAAUAGUCACUGAUAGAACUUUUAUAUUCAGACUUCUUUUCCCAUUUUUCUUCUUUUAUUCUAGUCUUUGACUUAUUCAAUGUAAAUAUCUUUCUCUUAUGGUUGAGGUCUUAUAGUAGUUUCUCGCUAUCCU